AUGAGUAUUGAAAAUGGUUAUAUGCGUGGUUUCAAUGGCGCUUUAGAUGUAUUUGUACGGAAAGCAAGAGACUUGCCUAAUUUACGAAAACUCGAUAAACAAGACCCAUUCGUGAAAUUAAGAAUCUCUCAUCUAACUAAAGUGUCAGAUGCAGUUCAUAGGGGUGGCCAGGCGCCUGUAUUUGAUUUUCAUGUAGUUUUUGAUAUGACCCCUGAUAUGAGAAAUGUACUAUUUGUGGAGUUAUAUGAUGAUCGUAAAAAUGGGCCAAGGCUGAUAGGUAAAUGUGAAGUAGAUCUAAAGCCAGCUCUACUUAGUGAUCCAGAUGAUGGCUAUUAUGAUUGGUAUAAUUUGAGCGUGGAUGAUGCUGAGGCUGGCAAAAUUUAUAUUGAGAUGACCUUCACACCACAUAAAUCUGGACCGCUAUCUCAGCGCAGUAGUUUGGUGGAUUUUGAGACUAACAGAAUUGGUGGUAUUUCUGCAAGACAGUCACCCCAAUUGAGCCCUUACGAGGCAUCAUAUUCUUCUAGUUUUCCUUCUCCGCCUUCUGAGUUUGCAACGUCGUUUUCCAAUGAGAGACUUAGCCAAAGUGCACAUUCGAUGACUUACAAACAUGCUGUAAUGCAGCGAAAAAAACCUCCUCCACCUGUCAUGUACAGGCUUCCACCUGAGUCGCAAUUGGCAUCACAAAGGCCGAUGUCGAUGGCAGGAGAGUCGUCUACUAACUUUCCGGAGUUUACUGAAAGCGUGGGAACAUUUAAUAGUUUUGGGUCUAAUGCUUCACAAGACUCUCGAGACUCUGGAAUCACUGCGAAAUUAAAGCAGCUCAAAGAGAAGUGGCAUACAUUUAAGCACGGAAACACUGAGAAAACAGGAAAUACUCGGGCUAAUGUGGAUUUGGAAGCUCUCCAAAAGAUUGUUGGCAUUACUUCUGAGGAGCGUCCAUAUUCAACCUCAUCAUCCCCCAUUAGAUCAUCACGGCAGGAAGACAAUUGUGUGCCAUCUUUACCACCCUGCGCCAACUCAUAUGCAAAUGCUGGUCGCCGCAGUCCUUUGCAACGCAACUCAUCCUCAUUUUCACAGACAAGGACUUCAGUUUGGGACUAUAGAUAG